UUCUCACUUCAGAAACUAGAGCAACUCAAUCAGUAUCCAGAUUUCAACAACUACCUGAUUUUUGUUCUUACGAAAUUGAAGUCUGAAGAUGAGCCAACACGUUCCUUGAGUGGUCUUAUCUUGAAGAAUAAUGUAAAAGCACAUUUUCACAACUUCCCGAAUGGGGUAACUGACUUCAUCAAAAGUGAAUGUCUGAACAACAUCGGUGAUUCCUCUCCCUUAAUUCGAGCUACCGUAGGUAUUCUGAUAACAACCAUUGCUUCAAAAGGAGAAUUACAGAAUUGGCCUGAACUUUUACCAAAGCUUUGCAGCCUCUUAGAUUCAGAGGACUACAAUACUUGUGAGGGUGCGUUUGGCGCUCUUCAGAAGAUAUGUGAAGAUUCUGCUGAAAUUUUAGAUAGUGAUGUAUUAGACCGACCACUCAAUAUCAUGAUACCUAAAUUCUUACAGUUCUUCAAGCACAGCAGUCCAAAAAUAAGAUCUCAUGCUGUUGCAUGUGUCAAUCAAUUUAUCAUCAGUAGAACUCAAGCUCUUAUGAUGCACAUAGAUGCUUUUAUUGAGAAUCUUUUUGCACUGGCUACUGAUGAGGAGCCUGAAGUACGCAAAAAUGUUUGCCGUGCUCUGGUAAUGUUGCUGGAAGUUCGCAUGGAUCGCCUUCUUCCUCAUAUGAUUAGUAUAGUUGAGUACAUGCUUCUAAGGACCCAGGACCAAGAUGAAAAUGUGGCUUUGGAGGCCUGUGAGUUUUGGCUGACUUUGGCUGAACAACCCAUUUGUAAGGAUGUUUUAUGUCGGCAUCUUACUAAGCUGAUACCUGUGCUGGUGAAUGGUAUGAAAUAUUCGGAGAUAGAUAUUAUUUUGCUGAAGGGAGAUGUUGAAGAAGAUGAAGCUAUUCCAGAUAGUGAACAGGACAUAAGACCUCGUUUUCAUCGUUCACGAACAGUAGCUCAGAAACACGAGGAAGAUGGCAUUGAAGAUCGUGAUGAUGAUGAUGAUGAAAUUGAUGAUGAUGAUGCUAUUUCUGACUGGAAUUUAAGGAAAUGUUCUGCUGCUGCUCUAGAUGUUUUGGCCAAUGUAUUUCGUGAUGAACUUUUGCCACACAUCUUGCCUCUUUUAAAGGAAUUGCUCUUCCAUCCCGAAUGGGUAGUUAAGGAAUCAGGUAUCCUUGUUCUUGGAGCGAUUGCUGAAGGCUGCAUGCAGGGUAUGAUUCCAUAUCUUCCAGAGCUGAUCCCUCACCUUAUUCAGUGCCUCUCUGACAAAAAGGCUCUUGUGCGCUCCAUUACAUGCUGGACUCUUAGUCGCUAUGCACACUGGGUAGUUAGUCAACCCCCAGACACAUACUUGAAGCCAUUAAUGACUGAGUUGCUACAGCGUAUCCUGGAUAGCAACAAGAGAGUACAAGAAGCUGCCUGCAGUGCCUUUGCUACUCUAGAAGAGGAGGCUUGUACAGAGCUUGUUCCUUAUCUUGCAUAUAUACUUGACACUUUGGUCUUCGCAUUUAGUAAAUACCAGCAUAAAAACUUGCUUAUUCUUUAUGAUGCUAUAGGAACUCUAGCAGAUUCUGUAGGCCAUCAUCUAAAUAAACCAGAAUAUAUUCAGAUGCUAAUGCCCCCGUUAAUCCACAAGUGGAACAUGUUGAAGGAUGAAGAUAAAGAUCUCUUUCCUUUAUUAGAGUGCCUGUCGUCAGUUGCUACUGCCUUGCAAUCUGGCUUUCUUCCAUACUGUGAACCUGUGUACCAGCGUUGUGUAAAUUUAGUGCAGAAGACCCUUGCACAAGCCAUGUUGCACAAUGCUCAACCAGACCAAUAUGAGGCUCCAGAUAAGGACUUCAUGAUUGUGGCUCUUGAUUUACUCAGUGGUUUAGCUGAAGGUCUUGGAGGCAACAUUGAGCAGCUGGUAGCUCGGAGCAAUAUCCUGACACUGAUGUACCAAUGCAUGCAGGAUAAAAUGCCUGAAGUACGACAGAGUUCUUUUGCACUGUUGGGUGAUCUGACAAAGGCAUGUUUUCAGCAUGUGAAGCCUUGCAUCGCUGAUUUCAUGCCCAUUUUGGGAACCAACCUAAACCCUGAAUUCAUUUCUGUGUGUAACAAUGCUACCUGGGCAAUUGGAGAAAUCUCCAUUCAGAUGGGUAUAGAGAUGCAGCCUUAUAUUCCAAUGGUGUUGCACCAGCUUGUAGAAAUAAUUAACAGACCCAACACACCAAAGACAUUGUUAGAGAACACAGCAAUAACAAUUGGUCGUCUUGGUUACGUUUGUCCUCAAGAGGUGGCCCCCAUGCUACAGCAGUUUAUAAGACCCUGGUGCACCUCUCUCCGGAACAUAAGAGACAAUGAGGAAAAGGACUCAGCAUUCCGUGGGAUAUGUACCAUGAUCACAGUCAACCCCAAUGGCGUAUUCCAAGACUUUAUUUUUUUUUGUGAUGCUGUUGCAUCGUGGAUUAGCCCAAAAGAUGAUCUCCGAGACAUGUUCUGUAAGAUUCUUCAUGGGUUUAAAAAUCAAGUUGGAGAUGAGAAUUGGAGGCGUUUCUCAGACCAGUUUCCUCUUCCUUUAAAAGAGCGCCUUGCAGCUUACUAUGGAGUUUAACCUCGUGCAUUGUAGCUGCAGUCCCAUAAUUAGAGGUAAACACAUGAAUCUUCCUUUCAAAAUAGUUGUAUUGUGUACUUUCUUCUUAUUUCUGCCUUAUGAAAAUAUUAGUGGACUAGAUUAAAGUUUUGAGAUGAGCUCUAUCAGAUAUCUUCUGAGAAAAAGAAAGGGGUAAUGUUGAACCAAAAUCCUGGUAGCUAUAGCAAAAGUGAUUGUCUUUCUAUGGAACAGUAUAGAGUAUACUUGGUCAUGUAUCAAGGUUAGAAGACUAAGUGUAAUUGUAUCUGUUCACGUUUGAUAAGCCAAGUAAUAAGUGUGUUCCAAAGGCAGCAUACUAGAUACAGGCUCCAUGUGUGUCUUAUGGGUUAGGGGAUAACAGAUGUAAUAUAAGGUGAAUAUUUCUCUAGGACAAGAAAAUAAGUUUAAGAUACUUUAUCCAUGUGAAAUCCAACACAUUCCUAUGUACAUGUUGGAUGGUUUUGGCACUUAGUCAAGGAUAUUACAACACUCUCCACCUCUGCUGUUUGUAGAGGUUGAUGUUUUGAGAAGGCUGAUGUGUAGAAUGAUGUAGAAUGACUAUAGUGUACCACUUUGCUCUGUAUACUUUCUGUGCAGACUGUAUAAACAAAGCACCUGUGUAUAAAGUAGUGUGAUGCUGUGAAGAAUUUAUUAUACUACCCAGAAAAGAAAGCAGGUUAAUUUCGUUCAUUGAGUCAUUGUAUAAAUGUGGUAAUUGCUCUAGAAUAUUUGCACAGAAAUAUAGGAGUGUAUCACGUAAUUCAGUUGUAUUGUUGAAUGAACAUCCAUUUAAAAAUCAGUCUAAUGUUUUUCAAAGUUGGUGGCAUAAUAAAUUUUCUUUGAAUUGCAUAUUUCAUGUGAACAAUUGAUUAAAAAUAAACAAACUUCAAACACUAAUCAAUGAGGGCACUUUAGUUUUGAUAUACAGUUGAUUUUUUUUUUUCUUCCUUCUAAUGAAGUAGAAGUAUAAUGCCAAAUUGAAAAAAAAAAAUAAAAAAAAUCUCAGUUACUCCCCAUUUCUGUUGAGGAGGCAAUAUGGCUAUCCUGUUGAAUCUACCUAAAAGUGAAAUUGUUAUAUUAGUAGAAGGUAAGUUUAAUAUCCUGAACAUCAUGACUGCCUCAUAAUUUUGUACUGAAAGGGCAAAAUCUUUUUGAAGUACAUAUAGCUGUUUUCAUCUUAAAUCUAAGCUUAGAUGCAAUAUUGGAAAUGUCAUUGUAGCUUUAAAGCAUACAUUGUUGUAAGGAAUAAUAGUCUUCCUGUUAAAAAUUGACUCUUUGGUUAAGCAGACUUAUAAAGGAAACAUCUAGAUACAAAUUCACUUUUAAGCUUAGAUU